GUGUUAGUGUACAUAGGUGCUACAGCUAUUAGUUGUGUGAGUGAGCGAGUGUGCAAUAAAAGUAUAUACAAUGCCAGGUUGUUGUGCAAUAAAUUGCAAAAAUAGAAGCGAACAUGGUUUUCGAAUGUUUUUGUUUCCUCGGGAUGAGAAACGAAGACAUUUGUGGGCUGAGAAAUGUGGUAAAAAUCCAACACAGAAUUCUAGGUUAUGUGAGUAUCAUUUUGAUGAUUUGCAAUUCGAAAAUCGACGAGAGGAUGGAUGGCGGAAAUUGAAACCUAAUGCAAUUCCAACUAUUUUCGAAAGCAACGAAAUUAAUUCUGAUGUAUUAAAUGAUCAAUCUUUAAUUGGGCAUAAUAUUCAACCAGAAAAUUGUGCUAAUUUAUUUAAUUGUGAUUUAUCAUGUAAUGACAAUUUUGGAUAUAAUGAAAAUGUUACUACUGAGAAUUUACCAAGUGAACAACAGACUCUAUCAGUCCCAAUUGCCGUACAUGCAAGUGUUCAAACGGAUAAUGAGAUAAGUGGACAGAAUUUACAAACAAUGUUCAUGACAAAUGAAGAAGGAACGAUUCGACAAACCAAUCAAAUCAAGUAUUUGCUCAAACAAUUAAAGGAAGAACGAGUAAAAGCUAGUACUUUCAAAUCCAAAUAUGAAAAUGAAAAAGUAUUGCGAUUUAAGACAACAAAAAUUAUGAAAAAGUAUAAGAAAAGAUACACAAUAUUGUCUGAAAAAGUAGAAAAAUCACCAAUUUUCAAAAAAUUUAUAUCAGGAUUUUCCAAGCGAAAGACUAACUGGACUCCGCAAUGUUUAAGAUUGGCCACACAGAUAAGAUAUGCUGUUGGAUGGAAGGCUUAUCUAUAUCUAAAGAAAGAUCUGGGUUUACCAUUGCCAUCUUAUUCUACAAUAUGCAGAUAUACAAGAAAGAUUGAUUUUCAACCUGGUUUGUUAAGAAAUGUUUUUUCAUUAAUGGCAAAGAAAAGAGAAAGUCAUAAAUCUUCGAAUCAAGACGACUGUGUUAUUUUAAUGGAUGAGAUGGAUAUUCAACCAGCAUUAGAAUAUGAUGUUAGCACAAGUGAGGUUCAGUUAUUAUAG